GACACUCACACGUGAUGUUUCAAGUUAAGUAUGAUGUAACCUCAGUAGCCUACAUAUUUACUGAAUUCACCAGGAAGCUUGUGUCGACAUUCUGCACUUUUUUUCCAUUCCUAGGAAAUCCCCUAACCAGGUCAUUGCAGUUGGCAAUAAAAGUCUAUGAUCAUUCUCUUUGAGUUUGUCAAACGAAGAUGAAUUUAUUUAUUUGUAACACUGUUCUGUUUUAUGCGCUUUUGGCUCCAAUAUCCGGUCUUCGAGUACUGGAUGUACAACCGCUGAACUGUACACAGUCGGGUCUGAGAUGCAAAGCCAAAAAAAAAAACUGCUUUGAUAAAGAUCGGAUUAAAUUCCAGAACAUGACCCCAACGGGACCCUGGGGUUUGGAGUUAGAGGCGUCAGUAAGACGAGAUGAGAACGGUGUCUUGGUCCCCGUGGUUGUGAUCACAUGGAAGACACAAACUGAUGGAAGUAUCAAGUACCUCAAAGGGACUGAGGUGCACAUGCUGAAGAUAUCAACCAACUUCAAUCUUUGUGUUCUUUACAAGUUUUUGGACAACAUUGACAUUUCUAAAAAGCUAAAUGAAUGGUGGUCAUUUUCACUGGAUCAGGUGGUGGUAGAUCCUGAAGAAAUGUAUAUUAUUUCAGUCUCAAACUUACCUAAACCAAAUCUAGGCUAUGACAGCUACUAUGUGGCAAGAAAUAUUACCAUUCCAGGAUGUCAUGACCAGAUGAUGCGGUGGACAAAAGUGUGCAUUGAAAGUGGAAGCCUGUGGGAGCCCAAUGCUAACCUGAGUAAAGCAAUUGGUGAACAUGGCAGAAAAACAGUCACAGUGAAUUUCUAUAGUAGUGAGCAUUCUAAACGUUAUAGAGUGUUCCUCCGGUGCCCCAGAUUCAAGGAACACCAGAACAUUCCGCAGGAAAAUUUGACUGUGCUCAGAGCUGUGUUUGACAGCUCCCCUGCCUCUUGCUGUGUGCUGGACAUUGAGAUCCAGCCCUUUUUUAUUCAGUGUAAAAAUUAUUGUCUUCGACAUCGGAAAACAUUCUAUACAUGUUUUGAGAAUGACCCGGAAGAUCCAUCCAUUAAAAGUGUUGUUCCAACGGAUCACAAAGCUUUCAUUGCUGCCCCUCUAGUAGCUGUCCUGUUCUUCUUCAUAGGACUGUGUGCCUUGUUUUGCUAUAAAAAAAAUAAAGAUUCCUCUAAUUCUCUGAAUAAUGCAGAAGAUUCUCAAAAAAUAUCAAAAGGCCCAAGAAAGGUCCUCAUCAUCUACUCUCUGGACCACCCCUUGUACAAGGAUAUUGUGCUCAAGCUGUGUGCCUUCCUCCAAGCACAAUGUGGCACUGAGGUAGUCCUUGACCUCCUGGAUUCCACCCAGCUUAGCAGCAUGGGUCGCUUGCAGUGGUUGGAGCUGCAGAAGGAGCGGGUUGAAGAAUCGUCAGACAAAAUUUUGAUCCUGUGCUCACGUGGCGUGCAGGCUAAGUGGCAGGCCAUGUGUGAGGGACAGAGGGUGAUAUUAAGAGAGGAUGCCCACUCUCCCAUAGGCGACAUGCUCACCCCUGCCUUCAGUGUCAUCAUCCCAGACCUACUCCGCACUGCCUCUUUUGGCAAAUAUGUGGUGGCAUACUUUGGGGGAGUGUGCUGUGAGGAGGAUGUACCAUCGCCCUUCAACAUCACAGUCAAGUACAAACUGAUGAAUCAUUUUGAAGAGGUCUACCUAAGAAUCCUUGAAAAAGAGAAAUUUGAGUCCUGGAAGAUUAACCAUGUGGAAGGCAUAACAGAGAAGGAAUAUCAUAAAUGUCCUUCAGGUGGAGCCUUGAGAGAUGCCAUUGAAGCAUUUCAGGCAUACCAGCUGGAGAAUCCAGACUGGUUUGAGAAGGAAUGUAUGAACACUAUGGAAGAGCUGGCAGAGAUCAGCUUACAGCAUCCUCUUCUCGAAAGAACAUACAAUAAUGGCAUUUUUUCAUUUAUCCCAGAGUUUGAGAAUGUACCUCUAAACUUCCAUGAUGCGGAGGUCAUGGAAGAUGACAGGUGCAACCUUUACUUAAAUGCCAUAACUAGUAACAGAGAAGAAAGGAUAUCCAUCUGUGAGCAGUACCAGCUCUAUUCACCACUUCCAUCUGCAGAGUAUGUAACAAGCACUCCAAGUGUUAGUACAUACUCCUCUGCGUUGAGAGACCAGCUAUGGCACAUAGCUGAACUAGAGGCACAAGGGCUGCUGACUCAAACAAUAGAAAGGUUACAUCAUCAGGAAAGGUCAGAGCAAGAGAGUAAUGUAGAGAAGACUGAAGAAGAGCUCCACUCUUCCCCUAACAAGCCCUCACCCAAAGUGUUUCAAUGUCCUCAGGCUAUCUGUCCAUCCCUGGAUACCAUUGAUGAGCUAUCCCACACACCUAUAAGGGAGAAGCGCCCAUGUGAUUUCAACCCGGAGAAGAAUGAAAGAAAAGAGCCUUGGAGUGGAUCAGACCGGGGUUAUAUUUCAAGGACUUCCCUCCAGACUGAAUCCUGUAGUCUACAGAAAUUCCCAAAGCUCACUGAGCACCGUUAAUAAAUUUUUGGAAGCCUGACAACUCAACUCCAAAAAGGACAUGGUAUCUGAGUAGACUUUGGACAAAAAACAUUGUCAUGGUGAGAAUUGUUAAAUGCUACCGCAUCAUUUCUUUUUUACAUAAUUUCAUUAACUGUAACAUGUCAAUGUUUGGGUUACAGUGUAUGUGAGUCACUACCCUACAGUGGAUUGGCAUCCCAUCCAAGGUGUAUUCUGCUUAGCCUUGUGCCCUGUGUUUCCAUGAUUGGCUCUGCACUACCAUGACCUUGAUCUGGAAAAGCAAUUAAUGAUAGUGAGUGAAUGUAAGUGAUUUCACAGGAUUUUCAACAAGACAACAGUUUGGUAAAACAGUUAAUAGAUUUAUUAGAUAAUUCAUUACAUAAACUGUAUUAAACCUAUUUUUUGAUAGUACAUCCACGUGUUAUAAAGGCAAUACUGGAUCAUAUUAAGAUACAUAAUACACACUCUUUGUACACAACUGGUUUGUUUAACUGUAAACAAAGGCGUUCAUGUGUAUUAGAAAUUAACCAGUGUUAAAUA